AACAUGAGGAACUUUCUAAUCAGUGCUCACUGUUCCCACUUAGUAAAUACAGAACACACAAUUUCAUGCUAAUUUUUAAAGAGGAAGCAAUAGACCCAUUUCUGGUUUUGAAGAUUUUUCAAGAGGAUUCUUUCCCAGGAUGCGUCUGCUUUGUGCUCUGGGUCUCUUCUUGGCCCUGCUGCAUGUGACCUCCUGUCUGCUGAUUGGAGCCUUCAACAUCGAAUGUUUUGGACCCAAGAAAUCCCAGAACAAAGAAGUCAUGGAUACCAUCAAAGAGAUUGUCCUUCGCUAUGACAUCAUUCUGAUCCAGGAAGUCCGUGACAAAGAUGGGACAGUGACACAAAGUCUCAUGGAUCUUGUUAACCAAGUUUCUCAUCAGUUCACAAACAUCUCCAGUGAGCCCCUGCCCUUGGGUCCCGGCAGCCAUAAGGAGAGAUACCUCUUCCUCUACAAGAAUCAGACGGUGUCCGUGAAAGGCAGCUUCCAAUACGAUGAGGGCAAGGCAGGCGACUUCAACAGACCGCCCUACGUCGUCCAGUUUUCCUCCACAGAGCCCGCUGUGAUGGACUUUGUUCUGAUCCCCAUUCACACCUCUCCAAGAACUGCUGUAGAAGAACUCAAGGCCCUUGUGGACGUGGUGAAGGAGGCCAAAAGAAAAUGGCAAAACAAUAACAUCAUGGUGCUCGGAGACUUCAACGCAGGCAUCAAUUAUGUACCAUUGUACAAGCGGCCGACUAUCCCCCUCUUCGACACCAAUGUCUUCCACUGGCUGAUCGCCAACAAUGUUGACAGUACAGUGUCGAAGUCUGGAAACGAUUACGACAGGAUUGUCGUCACCAAUGACAUGUACAAGGGAAUGAACCCCCGCAACGCUGACAAGUUUGACUUUGAGAAUGCAUAUGGUCUUAACCAGGCUCAGGCGAAGGCCGUCAGUGACCAUUUCCCUGUGGAGGUGGAGAUAUCAUGAGCACAGGAACCACUUCACAGACCUCCAGACUGAAUCUGAGCUGCCAUUAUUCAGUUGGAGUAUUUCUGCAACCCAUGCAGCAUUGAAAAAUAAUUAAAAAAAUAAGAAAUGCCAAAUGAUUUCAUUGCAAACUUGUGUUUUUGAAACAGAGAGUGAAGCAUUGUAGUGUUUAUAAAAGGUGAUUAAAUGAAAUGUGAUGGUUGUGAGCAUUAACCAAGAGAUCUUUUAUAGGACAUGGAUAUCAGUUUCUACUGAAGAGAAAGACAAUGUGUAUCCAGAGUAACUCGGACAAUGACUCUCAAGUUGAGUUUAAUAUGUAGAGGUUUACUUGAGUCAAAGAACAGCAUUCUCACAGAAGGUCAAACGUCAGAAGGGUCAGCAUUCAUGUGUAUAGCAAUCACCCACAUUUUAAAGAGAACACAAUAAUGGGAUGUUCUAUAAAGUCUGUAACUCCUGGAGAGUGGAGGUUAUUGCAUUCACGCUAAAUCAGUGCAGACAAUCCAGAUGUCAAAAGAGAGAACGCCCCUCAUCAAUGGAAGAAUUCAGUGUGUAGUCUAGAAAAUUAUACAUUUGAAAGUACAUUUUUGAGUAUUUACGGGAACUGUUGCGGAGACUAAGCAGCAGAGUUGCUCCUGAACCUUCUCUCUGUAUUCACACCCUCCAUCUUCAAAAAGGAGGUCAUACCCCCCACCACUGUUCCCCUUGCAAUCCUUGAUGUUUGAAUACAUAUUUAUAGCUGGAAAAUUAUAGCAUAUCAGGUGGUUACUGGGCUGGAUUAUCAACUCAUCUUUGCUUGAACGUGGGCUCGUUGGGGCCGGACCCAGGCCCACACAUAGAGGUCUUAUGGGAUAGUUUCUUCCCCUCAAGGUCAAGGUGCUUAGGGGGUAGUUGGCUUGUUGUGGCCGGUCCCAGGCCGACACAUAGCAGUCUCACUAGAUAAUAUAUUCACGGGAAAGCCUUGGAGCUCAGGGGGAAUGGCUCGAUGUGAGGCUGGGUCCAAACUGAAACUAUAAGCUGCUGUUAAUAAACAUUUCAAACG